UACAGUGGAAAGUCUUGGAAAGAGUAUGUGCGCAAGACAGCAUGAGAGAGAAGUUUGGACAGAGAUGAAGGAGAAACAAAAUAAUGAGAGGGGAAAGAAACAAGGUAAGUGGAGACAAAAAAAUGAGAAGGAAAAAGAGUGAAAAGUGAAUCAGGAAGACUUAGAGAGUGUAUUGGUGUGUGUGUGUCUGAGAGAGAGAAAGAGAGGCAGUACACUCAGCGAGGAGGGGGAGAAUGUGUUAAUACACAAGAACACUGCAUCAAACCAAUGCACUGCUCUGAGCGGGAUGCGUCAGCAGUACAUUCACGUUUCCACUGAAGGACAAAAGGAGGAGAAAGACUCUGCCGCCUGCAACUCAGUCACAGAGAGAGAAAUACAGAGAGGAGGGUGAGCGCUGGAGGUGAGGACCGCUGCUCUCGCCACUGUCGCCGUUGACAGUCUUCUCUGCCGCGUGUGUGCGCGAGCGUGUUUGCGCGUCUCUCUCUCCCUCGCGUGCUUUUCUGCUGCCCACCUCCCACUGCAGAGCCUCUGCCAACCCGCAGCCUCACAGCCAGAGCAGGCGAACUGCCACAACUUACUACCUCAAGACAAGGGAAAAUAAAGGAAUACCGCAGGAUCCACAACGGGGGGAGGGAGGGCAAACUACGGAAUCCUCUGCAAGGUAUCUCUCUGAAAUUAGCCGCACGUCACACGGCGGCAUCAAUCCUUUUUUUUUUCUUGAUACUGAGAAGAGAGAGAAAGGAAGAAGGAGAGAGAGGAAGCCAGACAGAGAAAGAGUGAGAGAGAGAGAGCACGAGGAGCAAACGAUCGGCGGAUAGGGAGAGAGCUUCACCGCUGCUGCGCUGCUGCUCCCCCGUCCUCCUUCCCCCCUCCCCCUUCUGCUCCCGCAACACCACCCCCAAGCCCCCCUCCGGAGAAAUUGAUGGAUUAUUGCUAACUGUGCACGCGGCAGUCCGCAGCUGCUACAGCGACAGACAGGAGAGCGGAGUGAGUUAAAAAAGCAAGACGGAAUGACCGCAGUGUGCGUCUGUUAGCCUUUUUGGAUUCAUCAGUGCACGGCUAAUCAGCUGAACAAGUGUUGUGGGGGGUGGACGAUGGCAAAGUAAAAAAAAAGCGGCUUAGUCCACUGCGAGGGAGAAAGAAAAAUCUGAGAAGACUUUGGGAUUUUUCCCCCUUAUCUUUUCUUUUUUUCUUUUUAUAUUUUCCUUGGUUUAAUGUGCAUGUACUUUGGCAAUGGAGUCUUGUGAAAAUUGUUCAGUGGUAUUCAGCAUCGCCUUCCAAGGACAAUCAAUGGGGGAGCUGAGAGGAGAUCUUUUCCAAGCUGACUGGAUGCGUGCACCUGCUUAGCUGACUGGGCCUUACCCCUUGAACCAGUUUCACUAAAUGCCGCUUCUCUCUGGAAUUAAUAGGGGCCAUUUUGUCAAAUCAGUUCAUGCUCCACUUUACUUUUAUGAGAGAAAAAGCUGAAAAUGUUGUGCAGUGAUCUUAAUGGGAAACAUGAGUGAAUGGUGUUGGGGUUUUGCUUCAAAAUAAAGGAUUAUACUAAGGACAACUCCGAGCUAAUGAGCACCAUCCUGCACUGUCGAUGGCAAACAGAUGCAGAGUCUUGCUCAAACCAGGGUAGGGCCACUGUUCUCCGUUCCCCAGCCGAAUCCCCGCGCGAUGUUGAAUUAUGAACGCGCCACAUCAUGAGUCUCUUGUGGCAGGUAACUGUGCACCGUGCCUGGAACGCAGCCCUGCUCUGUGCAGUCUACCUCAUGGUGCGAUCGUGGAGUGUGUGCGCCACCCCCUCCGGACCACUGACCUGCCCUGCUGUUUGCUCCUGUGGUAACCAGUUCGUUAAGGUGGUGUGCACCAGGCGCGGCCUGGUUCGAGUGCCCCCUGGCAUCCCCACCACCACACGCCAUUUAAACCUGAUGGAGAACAGCAUAGAGACAAUUGAAGCUGGCACCUUUCAACACCUCCGUCACCUGGAGGUACUGCAACUGGGUAGGAACUCUAUUCGGCAGAUCGAGGUGGGGGCCUUCAGCGGCCUCAACAGCCUCAACACACUGGAGCUGUUCGACAACCGAUUGACGGUGAUCCCAAGUGGCGCUUUUGAGUACUUGUCUAAACUGCGGGAAUUAUGGCUCAGGAACAACCCUAUCGAAAGCAUACCUUCCUACGCAUUUAACCGCGUUCCCUCUUUAAUGCGUCUGGAUCUGGGAGAGUUAAAGAAGCUGGAGUAUAUUUCUGAGGGUGCUUUUGAGGGAUUAUACAACUUGAAAUACUUAAACCUUGGAAUGUGUAACCUGCGGGAGAUGCCAGUCCUGACCCCUUUGGUGGGGCUGGAGGAGCUAGAAAUGUCUGAGAACUACUUUCCAGAGAUAAAACCUGGAUCCUUCAGGGGUUUGAAAUCCCUGAAAAAGCUGUGGAUUAUGAACUCUCGGAUCACCACUAUAGAGAGAAAUGCAUUUGAUGAUGUCACGGCCUUGGUUGAGCUUAAUCUGGCCCAUAAUAACCUUAGCUCUUUGCCCCAUGACCUUUUUGCGCCCUUGAGUUACCUGGUGGAGCUCCAUUUGCACCACAACCCUUGGCGGUGUGACUGUGAUGUUGUGUGGUUGGCUUGGUGGCUGAGGGAGUACAUUCCCACCAAUUCCACCUGUUGUGGCCGCUGCCACACCCCUGCUUACCUACGUGGACGCUACCUGGUGGAGGUGGACCAGAGCACAUUCCAGUGCUCAGCACCUUUCAUACUGGAUGCCCCAAGGGAUCUUAACAUCUCUGCUGAGCGUGUAGCUGAGCUAAAAUGUCGCACGGCCCCUAUGUCAUCAGUUAGAUGGCUCCUGCCUAAUGGAACAGUUUUGACCCAUGGCUCUAAUCACCCACGAAUAUCAGUGCUCAAUGAUGGGACACUAAACUUCUCCAAUGUGCUGCCAGCAGAUACAGGUGUGUACACCUGCAUGGUGACCAACAUGGCUGGCAACUCUAAUGCUUCGGCCUACCUGAAUGUGACUGCAGCUGAGCUCAACACUUCUAACCUAAGUUACUUCACUACGGUGACAGUGGAGGAAGUAGAGCCCACCUCACAGGAAGUGAUCAAGCCAAAGACGGUAACCGCCUCCCCCUCCGUCUUUCAGCCAGUUUUUAUCUCUACACCGACCGUUUUACUUCAAACACCUCGACAGGUCUCUGUGCCGACUGUACGUGGAACAACACGCCCACCUGCCAGUCUUGACGAGGUCAUGAAGACAACCAAGAUCAUCAUAGGCUGCUUUGUGGCAGUCACAUUGCUCGCUGCCGUUAUGCUCAUUGCUUUCUACAAGCUGCGUAAACGGCACCAGCAAAGGAGCACAGUAGCAGCUGCUAGGACUAUAGAGGUCAUUCAGAUGGAGGAGAAUGUUCCUACCACCCAUGCAGGGACAAGUAUACCAGGUGAAAGUGGGAUGAUGUUACCUAGCCUGAGAGAUCACAACAGCACCUACAAACCCAGCUACAGCUCCUACAGACCAGCACACUCUGCUCCUUGGGCAGAGAACAACAUCGGGAACUCCCUGCACCGCCCCCGCCCCAUCAGCACCAUCGCUGAACCCUACCUGAUCAAAACUCACACAAAGGAGAAGGUACAGGAAACACAGAUAUAACAUUCCUACAGCCUUCUCCUGCUCUGUCUUUUAUUCUGUUCAUCAUGAAAACAUGCAAUAGAAUGCACAACAGAAAAGACAGCAAUUACGUUUGUACCCAGUGCAAAAAUGAGACUGUUUUUCUUGUACAUGCUUAUACAUAAAUAUAUUAAUAUAAAUAUAUAAAUUAAUCCACUAUGGGAUGAUACAAGAAACAGAUUAUAUAAAAGUGAAAAUGAAUUUAAACUAUUUUCUAACUUGUAACUCUUAUUUAAGAUGGGAAAAUGUGAUGAUGCUGAUACGACGUUGCAAACGGAGACAGAUGUUUGAAAAGGGGCAACCUGUGAUUUUUAGACCAUGCUGUAUAUGAUGCAGUAAAGUCCCAUUUAUACAGAGAACUUUCUAAGUAACUGUCCACUGAUUGAUCUUUAAAGGCUUAUCUUCUAAAAGCACCAAGAAUUUGUAUUGUGCCAAAUGUUAUACUUGCAAUAAACGAGACUGGCUUAAGAGAUAGGAAACAAAACAUUGCAAAACACAGGAUGGACACCAAGAGAGAAUGGAGCAGCUGGAUUUACAGAGUCUGCUGUUCUGCAGCUCCCAGCCAAAUGUUUUUUUUUUUUUUUUUCCUUUUCUUUUCUCCGGGCUGCGCCAUAGUUUUGCAGCAAGCAUUUAACUAUAUGUUUCCAGAACAGACAUCCUGCUUGCUUUUUGAGUUUAACCUUCUGACUAUUACUCUGAUGUUCCUCUUGGUUUUUGACUAAUCGGAUUGACUAUCCUUUGGUUUUCCCAUCCAGUUUCAUGAGUUGGAUUUUGAUUGCUUUUCCUGUUUCUUUCAGAUCCUGUACUGCAUUAAUUUUGAUUUGAAUGGCUUUUAGGGCUAAUUUAGUAAAUGCAUUACAACAGUUGCCUCAGAUUAGUAGCGCAAGGGCUCAACUGGAUGUUAGUUUGCGAGACUUACAAGACGGUUGCAGUGACUGGAUGGUUUGCUGCAGGUACACAUUAACAUGGUUUCAGAUUUUCUUUAUUGAGAAAGGGAUUCAAAUGAAUGUGUGAGUUAUGGACUUUCCUUUAUGGAGAUCGUUCCAACAGCAAUUUUCUUUUGUCCUUAUUUUGAGCAACACUAUUUUUAUGAGGAGUCUACAGAGGUUACAACAAUAAAAAAAGAAAACAUUUGGUUUGUAUUUCUCUAAACUAAA